AUGGUUGGCGGUUGGAAUAAAGACACAAAUCUCGCCCAGCUCAGGGGCAUGGUGGCCAAGAUACUCGAAGCCAAGCUCGCUGUUAAGCCCGAUCCAUCGACUGUAUCUCACGUAGAAAACGAUGAGUGUAUUAUCGUAAGAGACGGCGCAUCGGUUGCUGUGCGCAUCUACAAGCCCAAGAACGUUCCCAAAGACGGUUGUCCCGUGCUAGUGGCAUUCCAUGGCGGCGGUUUCGUCAUUGGCAACUUGGAAGGCGAGGGACCCCUCUGCCAGCUCUUCACCACCCUAGGCGGGAUCGCGGUAAACGUGGACUACCGUCUUGCCCCAGAACAUCCUUUUCCUAUCCCAAUCCACGAUGCUUUCGAUGCUGUGAAAUGGGUAUGUAACCUAAACCCGUACACACAGACAUGUGAGACUGAAAUACUACAGACCGUUCAGAAUGCUCGGCAUUUGGGUAUCAAUCUGUCCAAAGGCUUCCUUGUUGGCGGCGAGAGUGCAGGCGCCGACCUAGCCUUGGGUGUCUCCCACCUCUGGGUCAAUGAGAAACAGUCACCCCCGCUGUCCGGAAUCUUCUCUUCCAUCUCUGGAGCCGUGAGUGAGGAGACAGUACCAGAGAGGUAUAGGGACCGCAUCCUCAGCCUGGAGCAGAACGCCAAAGCGCCGGUUGUCACAAAGGAGACUUUAGAUUUUAUCAAAGACAAGUAUAAGCCGGAUCCUACAAGCCCCCUUGCCUACCCCAUCGUGUCUCCGGACCUGACUGGGUUCCCCAAGACGUACUUCCAGGCUUGCGGACUGGAUCCGGUAAGAGACUGCACAAUCAUCAUGGAGCAAGUAUGGAAAGAUGCUGGAACCGCGACCAAGUUGGAUAUUUAUCCCGGGUUGCCUCACGGCUUCUGGAGUCUGUAUCCGCAAGCAGAGUUUAGCAAGAAACAUCAACGAGACACGAAAGCUGGGCUUCAAUGGUUGUUAGACCGAGGAUUUGAACAUGCAUGA